CUGGUCCAGGUACUAAUUCUGCAAUCUUCGCCAAGCUAAUUUCGUCUGGAUUCUCUCAAGCACAUGUAAUUUUCAAGAAAUUUUCAAUUUAAUUCGGUCGAUCAAGCAAUGAAAGAUCCUAACGCACGUAACGUGGGAUUUAAAUUGGGUUAGGAGAAUGAGCUCUAAGAGGGAACAUGAAGGUAAUGCUAGUGUGAACAUGGAAGGGUUUGAAUCGGACCGAAAGAGGCAAAAACUAAAUGAGCAUUCGUUGCAGCCACCUGCCACUGAAGGCACUUUACUUCCGGGUUUUAAUUACGGCGAUGUGGAAGACGAGGACAACCACAGAAGGCCACCUGUGAAUGGCUCUAAUGGGGUAGGUGGCGCUAAUCAAAAGGGUGUACAAAUUGGGGGUCAAGUUGAAGAAGUAGAGGAUGAUGAUGAUGAUGACCUUGAACAAGGACUUUACCAAAGGCGGGGGCGUGAAAUCGAGGUCAGGAGGGAUUGCCCAUAUCUUGAUGCCGUCAAUCGUCAGGUUUUAGAUUUUGAUUUUGAGAAGUUCUGUUCUCUGUCCCUGUCAAAUUUGAAUGUGUAUGCAUGUUUGGUUUGUGGGAAAUAUUAUCAAGGCAGAGGGAGGAAGUCCCAUGCAUAUACUCAUAGCCUUGAAGCCGGACACCAUGUUUAUAUCAAUCUUCAAACGGAGAAAGUUUAUUGCCUUCCCGAUGGAUAUGAAAUAAGUGAUCCAUCAUUGGAUGAUAUUCGGCAUGUCCUAAACCCAAGGUUUACUGAGGAACAAGUGGAGCAGAUUGACAAAAACAAGCAAUGGUCCAGGACACUUGAUGGUUCCGAUUACCUUCCUGGAAUGGUGGGGCUCAAUAACAUUAAGGAGACUGAUUUCGUGAAUGUCACUAUACAAUCUUUAAUGAGAGUCACUCCUCUAAGAAAUUUUUUCCUUAUCCCUAAGAAUUAUCAACACUGCAAGUCUCCGCUUGUUCAUCGAUUUGGGGAGCUAACAAGAAAGAUAUGGCAUGCACGAAACUUCAAAGGACAGGUCAGCCCGCACGAGUUCCUACAGGCAGUUAUGAAAGCCAGUAAGAAAAGGUUUCGAAUUGGAGCACAGUCUGACCCAGUUGAAUUCAUGUCAUGGCUGCUUAAUACGCUGCAUGCAGAUCUUAGAACUUCGAAGAAAAAUAGCAGCAUCAUAUUUGAGUGCUUUCAGGGGGAACUGGAGGUUGUGAAGGAGAUUCCUAAUAAAGGUAUUGAGAAAAUAGAAAAUGUUGAUGACCAGAAUACAGGUGCUGCUACUGCAAAUAACGGUAUCGUGAAGGAAACUUACAAAAUGCCUUUCUUGAUGCUUGGAUUGGAUUUGCCCCCACCACCGCUUUUCAAAGAUGUGAUGGAGAAAAAUAUAAUACCCCAGGUCCCACUUUUCAACAUUCUGAAGAAAUUUGAUGGAGAGACUAUCACUGAAGUGGUCCGACCUCGCAUAUCAAGGAUGAGGUAUCGAGUCGCCCGAUUACCUCAGUAUCUUAUUCUCCACAUCCAACGUUUUACAAAGAACAAUUUCUUUGUGGAGAAGAAUCCGACUUUAGUGAACUUCCCUGUGAAGAAUCUCGAAUUGAAAGACUACAUCCCAUUGUCAACCACCAAUGAGAAUGAGAGGUUGCGCUCAAAGUAUGAUCUCAUUGCCAACAUUGUACAUGAUGGUAAACCUGGUGAAGGUUCCUACAGGGUGUUUGUACAAAGGAAGUCCGAAGAACAAUGGUAUGAGAUGCAGGACCUUCACGUCUCCGAAACCCUUCCCCAAAUGGUUGCACUGUCUGAGACAUACAUGCAGAUAUACGAGCAGCACCAGUAACACGAGACGAUUUGAGGACUGAGGUGGCAGAUCGAAUUUGCAUGAAAUUCAGAAACAUUCGAAUUUUACCAGAAUUUUGUGGACAUUUGAGAAUAUUUGCUGCUAGUAGUGGGGAGUAGGUUUUGAAAAUUGCUGGUGGGUGUUGAUGUUGUCACAAGUUUUAAAUUGGAAACGCCAGGGUUGACCCUUGCUUGAAACGCCACUGGAAAUGGCCGCAGUAUCUGCCAGUGAUUCAAAGUCGGAAGGCGUUCACGGGUGAAAGUUUCGGAAUAUUCCCAGCCUUUUGUUUCAAAAAAAUAAAUUAAUAAAUUAGGUGCUUCGUGUUUUUGAACUUUCAAUAUGGGUUUUGGUUCGUAGGUUAAAAUUUUGGGAGUACUAAGUAAUAAUAUGAGUAUUUCUAUUAGAACUUCUCUCUUAUUUGCUUGAGCGGAAGUUUUAAUUGUGUUGUCUGUUUUGUCUAAAUUAGCGUUGCUCCACAUUGUAAACAUGAUAUAGUGUGCAAAUAACUGUUGAAUGAAGAACGAUUUACAUAGAAUGAGUUCACCGUCACUGUAACUAUUCAAUUUAAGAAUACAAUAUCAUAUAAAUUUUUCACUUUA